GACAGAAUGUCAAGGUCCUGUGCCUAAAUCAAAGAGAAUAUUUUGCUUAGUUAAAAUAUAUUACAUUUGGAGCAAACAUUACCUUAUAUAAGAGAAAAUGGAGAAUUAAUCUUUAAUAAAAUAUACUUUCUUAACGAGAAAUAUUACAUAUUUAAAAGUUGUCUCUGAUCCACGGCGAUACAACUGUCAUGCCAUUUGGACAAGAAAUAAGAAGAGAAUUUAUGCUACGUGACGGGAGUGUGUUUCUUAAUCAUGGCGCAUACGGCUGCAUUCCAAGGUGUGUACAUGAUAGACAAAUAAGCUAUUUGGCAGAAAUUGAAACACAUCCAGAUAUUUGGUUUCGCUAUAAAGUAAAAAAGUACAUUCAACUCGCUAGAAACAAGGUUGCAGGUUUCAUGGGUAUAAAUACAGAUGACAUAUAUUUACUCACCAAUGUUACUAAAGCAAUAAAUACAGUUUUGAAGUCAUUUCCCCUGUGCAAAUCCAAUGCAAUUUUACUGACGUCAUUAUCUUAUUAUGGUGUAAAACUGACGUCAUAUGCAACAGUUGCACGCUUGGACGGUGCAAAAACGUACGAAAUAGAUAUAAGCUUUCCUAUAUAUAGUGACAUCUCUAUCAUUCAAAAGUAUGAAGAUUUUCUGCUCGCCCAUCCAGAUGUUAAACUGGCUGUCGUUGAUCAUAUAACCAGUCCAACAUCUGUUGUUCUGCCAGUCAAACAUAUAACGGAAGUUUGUCAUCGAUAUGGUGUUGCUGUUGUCAUAGAUGGUGCACAUGUUCCCGGACAGCUUAAAGUAGAUAUACAGGAUAUUGAUGCUGAUUUCUAUACUGGUACUUUACAUAAAUGGCUGUACUGCCCUCGAGGAUGUGCGUUCAUAUGGACAAAUCCAAAGCGGCAUCACACAUGGUUCAAACCACUUGUCACAUCAAUGUUUGACAAAAACACAUUACACGAGGCUUUUGCACAUGAAGGAACAAGAGAUGACACUCCAUUUAUAUGUGCGACUGACGGGGUCGAUUUUUAUAAUCGUAUUGGUGGAAUUGAUAAAAUUGUCAGCUACAACUCUACACUGCUUUCAAAGGGGACAUCAUAUUUAGUAAAGUUAUGGGGAACAGAAACAUUGGCAAUACCGAAAUCAAUGGAGGCGCCGUGUAUGCGCUUGUUACAUUUACCGUUCAUACCAGGAUUUUCUGACAACUUGGUUACCGGGGCGCUAAAUGUGUUUGAAGGAAAGAACUUUGAGCUGAAGAAGCUAAUCUUAGAUCGGUUUGAUGUUCUUACUGCUAUAACAAUCGUUGAUGGCAAAUUGAUGAUAAGGUUAUCUGCCAAUGUUUACAAUACUAUGGAUGAUUUUAUUAAACUGGGUGGUGCGAUUUUAACACUCACUGCCAGGAAAUCAACAAAAUAAGUUAUUUCCUCGAGGUGUAAUUCGCAACAAAUAGCUUCUUUCUUGCAAAAUGGUUAUAAGAUGAAUAGAUUGAAAUGUCCUGUAUAUACUAUUUUCUAUAAACUAUGAAUUUUGACAUGGUUGCAUCUCCAAGUUAAUAAAGCCCUAUAAUAAUUA